AUGGUGAGUAUAAACAUAAAAAGGUUUUCCUAAAGAAAUACAGUAGUACUAUGGGUAUAAAAGAAAGAUAUGUUGUCAUGGUCAGGUGGGCUGUUUGGCAGUGAAUGCAAAGCAAUCAGCUGGUGAUCCGAGCAGUAUUCAAACCUCUGAUUGCGAGAUGGCAGGUCCCAAACAGCUCAGUCAAAAUGGCCGGGCAGCUGGCAAUUACUCCAGCCGCCUAAUCAACACUUUGAUUUAGUAAUAUUAAAAUUAAUGAUUUUGAUAACCACCCAAAUUUUAGGUCUUUGCUGCCUGCUUCUUUGGUUUUCGGUCUACUAUUGUAAAACAUUUUGGCUGGUCUGCCUAUAUGCUGAACUCCCAGUCAUCGUGCCUCCAGUUAAUUUCUGAGGGUUCAUGACCUAACCAUAUCUAUAAGUACGUCCAACAAUGUUUAAACAAUUUGCACUGCUGUCAACACUGCCUUUGCAAAGGCUUAAUAAUGAUAAAAAAUAAUAAUAAUAACUUUUAUUAUAUGGAGGAGAGUGUUUUACUGGGAACUAAACCACUCGUAGAUUUCAUAUGCCACUUCAUCCGGGACCCGAGUGGCGUAUUUUCCGUAUGUCACCUUUGUGAGUGUCGUAUCGUUCAAUGACGUCACGAUUCCCGCCUUUUGCUUUUGUUNCAUCCGGGACCCGAGUGGCGUAUUUUCCGUAUGUCACCUUUGUGAGUGUCGUAUCGUUCAAUGACGUCACGAUUCCCGCCUUUUGCUUUUGUUGAAUUGGUUUCUCCAUAUAAUAAAAAGAACAUUACACGUUGGCUCAAAGAUAUGAAUUUUAUGUUCGAGUGGCAAAAACAAUAUCUCACUCGUUCGCUUCCCUCACUCGUGAGAUAUUGUUCUUGCCACUCGAACAUAAAAUUCAUAUCUUCUCGCCACCGUGUAAUAUCCUCUAUAUAUAGCACUACUUAGUUUAUUUUUACAUAUUCUGAUCAAAGGCGCUUUACAGGCUUUACAGGUAUAAUAACAUUAAAAAUUAUGCUAUGUUACAUAUGUACAAAAACUAGCUAUAGAGCGUUUUCACAUGACGUCACGGCGGCCAUAUUGGGGUCCCAAAACAAUGAAAUGGCAGCCAUGUUGGUGUCCCAAACCAGUCCUCUGGGAGUUGAACUCUUUUCUUAUGCAAAUGCUUUCUUUUGUUCCAAUAAAUUUGCAUAGAUGCUGGCCACGUAAGUGAAAACACUUUAUAAGCAAUGAAAAAUAACAAAGGAAAACAUAUUUUAAAAAAAUUAUCAUUAAAAUAGGAAAUAAAUUAAAAUGCUGACGUAAACAAAAAGGUCUUAACAGCUUUACGUAAUAGCACAAACUUCAACUGUGUGCGGAUGUAAUAAAUAAUUAUUUUUCUUUCUUUGCAAAUAACCCCAUUUAGGACAAGCAGCUAAAAGGUACAGUGUACAGAAUUACUGGUUCAAUUCCUGCCAGCAACUUCAUUCAGUUUCCUCGUACUAGUACGCAGUCACUGGGAUUGACUGGGCGGUAUUUCUACUGCCUCUUUCGGCCAAUUCCUGGCAAAUAUUUUGUGGUGCAUAUUGAUGUGGCAACAGAUGAGGGGCUGACCAUUAGGAUUUCCUUUUCAAACAUGUUCAAGGAGUUCAAGUCAACUUCAACGUGGCUGCAAUUUCCAUUUGUGUCAAGCCCUCCUCCAGGAUCUGUUGACGAAGUUACUGUUGGCGAAGCAUCAGUGUUAAGUAGUAAGUCCAAUAAUACUGUAAAUCCUGUAUUAAGCCCCCCUCCCCUCCCCUAAUUAUUCUUUACUCAUAAAUGAGAACAAAUGUCUUUUUUUGAUCUUCCACUGUCUUUCCUUGUUGUUACCUUUAUGAGCACAGGAUACCAAAAUUAUCGAUGCCUUCAAUUAAAUAUUGAAUUAAAUAAUUUUGUCUCACUCUGUAUCAACAAUUUCUUUGUUCAUUAACAAACAUUGUCUACCCCUCAGCCAUCAAACCAUCUUUCCAAAUUCCCACCCAUCUGUAAGUCAUGUAGCUGUGAAUCAGAAUAGUAAAUUUUCAGAAUAAUAAAUAAUAUUAUUUUCUUGGGUAUCUUAGGUCUUGUUGGUAUGACCCCACAGGCGACACGAUGGACUGUUCUGGUGCUGGACUUUCGAUAUAUCUUAUCUGUUUACCUGAACCGCCAUUAUGCAUACAUGAAGAACAUUCGUUUGUGUGCCAAUAUGUUUCUUAAAGGACUGUUUACUAGCGACAUUGAUUAUCAGCCUGGAAUCUCUGCUUCUGAAGCCCGGAAACUGGGUUUGUUAGACCAAGGUAUCAGUCCCAUGCCAAGAGAAAUGGCAUUUUUGCUACCAAAAGGAGAAGAUUGGCUUCUGCUGUAUGACUACAUCAAGUUUCCCCCUGAUUCUAAAGUUGCUCAAUUUGGAAUCAUAGCAAAUGUGAAGUCUACAUUGAGUCACCACAAGACCGUCCCAGUUCAUCAAAGUUCAGAGAGAGAACAUUUUCAUUACCAGGAUAAAAAAAUUAAGCCAAAUCAUCGUAGUCGUGUUAAUGUCAAUGGAAAACUGCCUAAAGGAAGUUAUGGAAAUGUUCCUGUAAGGGAUGAAGAGAAGGUGAAUAAUUACUGACUGCAAAGAAUGUCAGUUUUACAGCGUGCCAUUCGGGCAAGCUGUAACUGUGGCGGACAUGAACUAGCCCAAAAGUCAUUUCAACUAGCCUGAAAAGGUUUUUUGAUGAUCUGUAAUUUGAAUUCCCUUAAAACCUUCAUUUGCCCAUUGGGUAAGUUAGGAACAGAAUGCAUUAGCCUGAUAGCAAAAUCCACUAGCCCAGGGCUACUGGACUUUACUGACUUUCUCUUUGCCCACCGAUUCUAUGCUUUGUAGACAGAAAAGCUUGGCAGUGUUAUUUUAGUACUGUAUGAACAUAUUUUUUUGUCAGACGGGCCAGGCAGUAGCUUCUAGAGUGGCAUUAGGGGACAGACUUAAUCCACAGAAACAACCUACAAAGAAGGUAUGUGGAAAUACCACUCAAUAUUUGUCAAUAUUAAUUUUCUGAGUCAAAGGGGGAGGGGGCGCUGAGCACAUUGUUCAUUCUUCAGUUUUCAGCUUAGAUAUGACAAUGCCUCCAGGGAAAAAUUGAAUAUGCCUUUAAUUAGGAAGACAUGUAUGUGUGUGGUACUUCAUUUUCAAUGUCUUGUCAGUAAGUUUAGGUAAUCCUACCUAUCCCCUUCAAUUUUCAUUGUGCUAUCCUCGAGCGCUGUUGUCAGAGGAGCUUGGUCUCCAGCUUGCAAAAAUCAACAUUUUGAGCCUAAAGAGGGGUGCUUUACUGAAGCCAGCACUUUUUCAAGCAUUUAUAGUAAAUGUUUUUCUCUUUCCUUCUCUGUGUUUGUUCUUUCUUGGAAAACUGUGCAAAGGAGAAAGUAGCUCAAGUCAGUCAUAACCUAUGUGUUAUGUUUGUUCCUCAGCGGCAGUUUGUCAUUCCUACUGCCCUUCCAGCUGUUGGAGUGCAGGGAGCAGAUUUGGUAGAUGAGAGCAAUGGUGAAGUGCAUGUUUAUGCCCAUCCAAGCAAAGUUGUCAAUAAUCUUCAGCAUCCUAAAGAGAGAGAAAAGGUAUGAUUUAUUUUGAGCCCAAUCUUUUUCUUUUAUACUUAUGGUGCUAUUGCUUCCAUGUUGCAAUCAAAAUAAAUGGUUUAGCAACUGCAUGUAAUAGCUGCGCACAGUCCAUUCAAGUUCAGGGUAGUACUAGCUGUCUCCCUACAUUACCUACCACCCAUUUGCUGCCUUUUCACUUACCUACCUGUCCCUCCCCCAACUCACUGGCCUGCUGCCUACCCCCUGCUUGUACUAACCUACUUCAUACCUACUGACCUACCUACCUACCCACCCGCACACUUGACUGGCCUAUGAAAUCAAACUUACCUAACUUUUGGGGAUAGUUUUUCUUUCAGGAGAAAAGGCAGAAGUUAGUACCUACCAGUGGCGGAUCUAGAGGAGGGGCCUGGGGGGCCCACUCCCCGCCCUUAUUUUAGACCCAAAUGAGGCCCGCAGGGCUGAAAAAAAAUUUUUUGAGCCCCCCCCCAUCUGAAGGUCUGGAUUCGCCACUGCCUACCUACGUGUCUGCCAACCUGUUCAUCCACCCCCUGACCUGCUUACAUGCUUACCUACAUGGGGACAGGGGUGUUUACCAUUUACACAAACCAACUGGGUGGAAACCUUGAGCAUUAUCGUAAAGUCUAUGAAAUUUGAUGUGGUGGGAGAUCAACAGGCUACACAGUAUAUCAAAAUCAGCUUAACAGACCAAAAAGAAUAGAAAAAUUGCAUCACCUCACAAACCACGGCCCUUAUUUUCUGAAGCUUCCCAUACAGAAUGGCCCGAACUAUUUGAUUUUCCAACUGCUUUUUUCAGUUUUUCUAUGUAAAUGGUAAGUGCCCACUCCCUUGUGUACCUACUAAUCUACCUGCAUACUUUUUUACCUGCCCACCCAAUGACCCACCUAUCUGCUUACCUUUUAACAGUUAGUUUUGACCCACCUGCCUACAUUCCAACUUAGUACCUACGUAGGUUGCAACUGCUCCAGCAUAGAUAAUAAAUUAUUGUAUUUUAAUUGGUUCCUUGAUGGCCAAUUUAGACGGUACGAAUUUUUCUCACCACUAUACUGUACAUUUAGCAUACGUCACAACUAUCGACCUUCCACAUGCACACAAUUUUCACUUACGAUAUCCACAUGUGUCGUACGGAUGUCGUCGGUCUAAUUCACACAACAUGAUCUGAGGUGAAGUCAUGACGUAUACUAUUUGCGCAUGAUAGUCGUAAGUAAAACUCGUACCAUCUAAAUCAGCCUUUAGACUUUUGUUUUCACAAAAAAAAACAUGUGAUGCAUUUGUGAGUAAAUGAAGGUGCUAUCCUAAUGGCUAAAAUAUGUUUCCAGGCUGCUCAAAAUACAAUAACACUGAAAUGCAAUUUUCAUGAGUCUCAAAAUUUUUUCUGGGCCCCACCAAUGAAAGCAGGGCUGUCUCCCUCCCAUACCGACCCCUACACAAACCUGCCCGGCUGUGCUGUGUAAAAGCCAUGCUUUUAAAUCUAAUCAGUUGUUGCCUACUUACACAUGUAAUGGUUUUCUCCUUUUAUAUUCAAUUUGCUGAAGAACCCUGAUUUACCUACCAAGCAACCUACCUACUCACCAAUAAUUAUACCCACUUACCUCAAAAGUACAUACCUACCACUUACUUAUGCAGGUUUCCUUUCUAAUUACCUUCCUUCCUCCCUCACAGUGUGUACUUGUUCACUGGCCCAUAUUACACAGCAGUUUUUUAUUUUUUAACUUCUUAGUUUCAGAGAGCCGAAAUACCCAAGGCGACUAAGGCAGGAAACUUUACGGUAAAAGUGGUUUCAUUUUUGUGUAAUUGAACAUUUAUUGCUAAUACAGCAUAAUUAACUAAAUGCACUUUUAUUAUUUAAUUACCCUCCUUUCUGGAGAACUGCAGAUUCCCAAAAUAUCGAAUGGAAUCAACUUUUCUUGCCUUUUUUGUAGACUCUCAAACCAGAUCCCAUUUUGUCACUCAAAAGAGUGGUAGGCUUUGGAGGUGGUACUUUUCGUGAGGUAAGCUUGAUUUUGCGCUUUCGUUUCAUUUUCUCCAGUGGCAGUCUGUGGUUUUUAAUCCCGCUUUUAACAGGCAAUAAAAAGUGGCAGAGGUAAAAAGUGAGCUAAUCAAAAACUGAGCAUUGUAAACAAUUUUUGCAGAAAAAAGGGAUCAGGCUAGGGACAAAUCUGUACUUUCAUUUUUGAACUGAUUUAAUUUAGACAACUUGACUGAGCUUCUGAAUGAUUUUGGCUCUAUUAUUGUUUGCCUAACAGUGUAAAGAGCUUUUCAGUUUUCUCUAGUCCCAUUUCUCCGUUAAGAAACUGUUUAACAGUCAGUUGGUUUAUGUAGUUUUUCAAAAUGACAAAUUACUAUUAAAUUAUUAUUAUCCCAAAUUAUAGACCAGUAUCCAAAUUAACAAAGCACAAUACAAUAGUUUCACUUUCCUGAUAUGGAGAUGAUACCCCAUAUUUAAAGCAAGUAAGUGAAGGGAAUACAUGGUAGUAAUUUUCAACAACACAACAACAUGAAAUGUUAUUUUUUUAUUAAACGAGUGUCAAUCUUUUUGCUUAAAGGCACUGUGGACCAAGAAUGGAUCAUGUAUUGUGUACCCAUGCCAUGCCAUCAUUGUGUCAACAGAUGUUACAUCAGGUCACCAACAGUUCUUUAUGGGCCAUACAGAUAAGGUAUUUUAAAGUCCUGUGUAGUAGAUACCAAUUCCAGAAGAAAAAAAAAUGAAAGUUGCCUGUGAGUAAGGCUUGAUAGCCCUUGAAUUGAACAAAGGCAAAUGUCAAACAGGGAAACAAGGAAGUAAUAUUGGUAUCAACAAUUUAUAAAACCACUUUCAAUCUGCAGAACAAAACCUCUCCCUGCAGGCGUGACAUGUGUUUUGGAGUCUGGACAUGUUUUUGGGUUAAAUGUUUGUGGAUUCUGGGGUGUGUUUUGGAUUCUGGGAAGUGUUUGUCCCUACUACGAGUCAUGGUAUAUUUGAUAGGAAAUGACUCUUUUAAAGAUUACCUUGGUCCAUGCAAAUUUCAUUAUUCAUUUUGUUUUUCCUUGUUCUAUGAUAUUAAGUCAGAGACACUUUAUUUAUCUUUUUCAGGUGGGGUUUGUUAUACAAAUAUGAUGUUUUACAUUUGUUGCUUAAUAAAGUGUGUGAGUGCGUGUGAAUUUUGUCAUAUCUUUAGGUUUCUGCACUUGCAUUUGAUGGAAAAACAGACAUUUUAGCUUCUGCUCAAACUGGUUCACCAUCAGUUAUAAGGAUGUGGAAAUACCAGUCACGAAAAUGCACUGCCAUGUUUAGAGCAGAGGUUCAUAAUGUUCACUGUAUAAGGUAAAAGCCAGCUUUUUGAAAGUUUUUUAGGGUUGAAGAUCCUGUUGAAAUGGCUGUUAAAGUGACAACCCUUGAAAAAAUACUGACAAUACCCCCUCCGCCUUUGAAAUAGAGGUGUUCUACACCUCUAAAUUAAGACUUUUUCUUUUGUUCAACUCUUCUCAAAGCAAUAUUAAGUUGCAUAAUUUUAUCAGGGCAAAUUUCAGAACUUAUCCAUGCUCUUCCAGGGACCUGGAGACUUCUUCACCUUAAUUUACUAACUUGUUGGAUAUGUUUAUUGACAAAGGGCUUAGUGCUGAGUGGUGCAGAAAUGCAAGCAGGGGUUUAACUGUCACAAAACUCACAAAACUGUGAAGCGAACAUUUGAAAUAUGCCAGGAAUGUUUAUUGUGUUAUGAGCAGUCUCAAUGAAGAUCAGGACAUGCGAGCAAGGCACAAAACCACAAACUACUGUUGUUGGACGCAGUUGGUUGGGUUUUCUCAUGCCAGCCGUACUUUUUCCUUAAAACACCGUAACAUUCCAGAAAUAAUUUUCUGGUGUUCACGGUUUUCUGAGCUUUACAGUGGUACUAUCACUGACAGUUACAGGGCUGUCAUGAAGAUUUCAGGGGUACAUGUAAUAUUAGUAGAUGGGGAAUUGAACAUCUAGGGAGUCUUUUUCCUUUUUUAGUUCUUUUUUCCUUUUGUUUCCUAUGCAUGAAAGUAGCCAAGGUUCAUACUCAUAGAAACCAAGGGAAAUCCCUGCCCCCGGUCCUUAUAGUGACAGCCUUGCAGUAAUGACAUUUUUAUUUAGUGCAACCUUAUUUAUUUCUCAAAUAUUUUAGUUUAUCGUACAGUGGAAACAUUCUGUGCGGAGUUGGAAAAGAUGGUCAUGGCAAACAGGUGAAGAUGUAUCUCUUGAAUAUUAGGCUGAUUUAGCAAUAGAAUGGGAACGUCAGUUGCCAACAGCGUGCACAAAUCAAACAACUGGGUUGACCAAUGGCACAGUGGCAAAUUGGGCACAGGAAGUCAAGUUUAGUCCUUACCGCACGCUUUCCCGUCGUCAAAUGACGUUCCCGUUCUGUUACUAAAUCAGCCUACUAUCUGCGUUCUGUGUCAAUGGGGUACCUGAGGGAUCAAGGAGUUUCACCGUUGGAAGUCCUUUCUUUCUAUUUGAAGGAAGUUUGAAUCAAAUGGAAUGUUACUUGCCAUUCUCAUAUUCACCCCUUUCAGAUUUCAGUGCAUGUUCUGAGGAUUCUUGGUCAAACCUCAAAGCACAUUUCAGCGUGUUGAUGCAUGGCAACUUUUUUCUGUGGAGAGCAUCCUUUGGUUUCUUUGUAUCCCUCACAUCUUAUUCCCUUAUCUCCCAGUGUAAACAAAGUGUAUGUGAUGAUUGCCUGGACAACUCCAUGCGGCGUAGAGCUCAUGGCUGAGUUGCAAGGAUGGCCAGCCAUGGGAGCAGUUUUCUGUCUAGACCCAGCUGGUCACAGUGGAGGCCCCAGACAGACCAGGCACCCAUCUUCCAUACACUGUACAGUGUGAUGCAAUUGUUAACCUUCACUUUAACUACAUCAUUCUUUGAAUUUGUUAUAAUGUUAUCACUGUUUCAGAUGGUUGUGGUGUGGGAUGUAAGCCAUGCUGUCAGAGGUGGUGAGAUGUCUAUCAUUGCCAAGGCUCACACUGAUGUUGACAUUUGCCGCAUGAGGAUAGCAGAGUUUGAUGACAGCAGGUACUGCAAAUUAAUAAUUGAAAAUAAUUAUCUUUUUGUUUACCUCAGUAUUACACUAUCUUUUAGUGAUGACAUGAGUAGUAUAGUAGGGACGUUUCUCCACUCUUUUGAAUUAGAAUCUCAUGAAUAGGUAUCCCACCAGAGUAACGGGUCCAUACUAUACUCUUGACAUGUGAUUCCAUUUAGAUCAUUUUUAAUAUAAAGGAAUAUAUAUUUUAUUUCAAUUGAUGUCAUUCAGAAGUCCUUCUUCAACUUCGUACCAGUUAAUAAAAAAUGAAAGGAUAUAAUGCUUCAUUUUCCAUUUUAUAUUAUUAUUUAAUAAUAAUUAUGAUAAUAAUCAUUAUUGACAAUAAAUGUAUAGUGAUAAUGUUAUUAUUGCUACCACUAUUAAUUUUGUAAUACCAUUUGACAAAAGCCAGGUUUUAUUCACAGGAUACUCAGGAGUGUAUUAGAAAUACUGUGACACUCCUGGGUUGCCUGUGGCCCAAGAUUUCAACUCCAUGGGUCAUAGUAUUUCUGAUGUCCCGGUGCUGGGUAUGGCUUUAUGUAAUGAAACAAAUAUCUAGUGAAAGCACCUUGCAAGGAAGAUAAUUGUGAACCUAGGUCUGUUCAGCUAAAAGGACUGAGUAUUAAUUUCAUGAGCUUCCUUUAAACUGCAACAUGCACGUAUGAGCCCACACACUACUAUUUACAAGCGUAUGUGCUUUCAUUUAAUGUCUUAAUCGUAUUUGCAUAGUUCAAAGUUUUACUUUGCACUGAAGAAGGGUUAUAAACCAGAAACCUCUUUCAAAGACAUUUAUGACACUUAAGACACACCAUAUCAAUUAUCUUAUUAUCCUAUGCAUCACACCAUUCUGUUCACCAAACAGGGCUUUCAGGAGGUCCUGUCUGCCUGUCAUUGUUGUUGCUUGGUUUGUUAGAUUUAACUUUUACAAACAAGUUAAAAGUAACAUGUGUUAAGACUAAAAAUCUGCAUUUAGCAAUUUAUUCUUUAACCUGGUGCUUCUAUACCUAUUCAGUUGUUGCACAUUUUUUGUUAAAUACCUUUAUAUUUUAAACAUUUCAUUGACAGGCUGGUUUCCUGCGGCAAUGACAACAUCCGGUUCUGGCGAAUUCGUCAUGGUUCUUUAAGAUCAUGUCCUGUUGACCUUGGUCGUCAUGGUUCUGUUGAUUUUAAUGACAUUGUCUAUGGAGCUAAAGAUCCUUUAAGUGCAGAUCCUACAGUUAGGAAAGUGUGAGUGUUAUUAUUAUGAUUUUUUUUGUUGUUCAUUGUUUUGCAGUUCCAUCAGUGGCUUUGGUGUGGGGUCAGUAUACCAUUAAACAAGCUUUUUUGGGGAGUGAGGGGCACCCCAGCUUUAGAUACCCAUGGAAAGGGAUGCAACCAGAGUCUGAACAUAAAAUUAUUGGAUUCAUUUGAGCACUGUUGGUUAAUGGCAGUUAUGUGCUGAGUUUGAAAUGAAACAAACAAUAUUCUUCACCUCAGUAGUAAUAAAAUAUACGGAAAAGAACCUUGAUAUAAUGGAACCUUGUUAUAGCAAACAUGUUUUGCCGUUCCCUUGCCCCUCAUUUCAUCAAAGUACCACUGUAGCCAAGUAUAAAUUGCAUGCAAAUGAGGGCCAUCCAAAGACAAAUUUCGCUACGAUAUGUACACAGCUGUAGUUCUGGAGGACUCUGAUCAACAAUCUUCCUGUUUACUUUUUAUUGAUUGUUCUGCAGAUAUUCUUGCACAAGCCAUGGAACAGUGUAUCAGAUUGACUAUCAGAAGAUCAUGCUGGACAAAGUUAUCAGACUUCUCCCUGUGGGUUCAUAUCACAAUCCUGUGGGUAAAUAUGGUGGCACCACUCCAACUGAGUUUGGGCUUGGAAUUAACUCACUCUGUGUGAAUGAGUCAUUCUGUGCCACUGGAUCUGAUGAUGGUAUACUUCGAUUAUGGCCUUUGGACUUCUCUACUGUCUUCCUUGAAGCUGGUAAUAAUAUAAAUGUAUCAAAUUUUUGUCUUUUAAUCUUAUUACUAAAUUAUCAUAAUUAGUUCUACUUAAAGAUUGUUUCUUUGUUGAGUUUUUACCCAUGAUCGGUUGACUGAAACAAAAAUGUCAGGUCAGAGUUUUUAUGGUAAAUUGAAAACAUGAUGUCAUUAUGAUAGGGAUAUCUUUUCAUGAUGUUUUGCUUUCUAUGAAAUGGUAAUCUUUUCAUUGACAAACCUGCAACUACAUGACUGUACUUCCAGUUUUAUAAGAUUAUACCACGAGGACUGUCAGCUACAAUGUAUGUGUUACAGGUCAAAUUUGUUCUCAGGUUAAAAUUUUUUAACCAAGGUUGAAUUCCUUUGUCUGCUAGGGCUAGAAGACAAAGAAAAUUUAGAAUCAACCUAAGUUAAAUCAAAAUAAUUUAAUCUGAGAUCAAAUUUGACCUGUAACAAAAUCUAAAGCAAUUUGUUUUGUGGCGCAAGUGACUUGAAAUGCAGCACUCUAAACAACCUUAAGUUUUGAAUCUUGGCAAAAAUGCUCAAAGAAUAGAUAAAAUGGUCAUAGUUUUUAGAGUAAUUUGUGAAAAGCUCUAUAGCUAGGUACUUCAUAAGGCCUAACCAUUCAGUAGCUUCCUUAAAGUGAUGAUCAUUGUCUUGGCCAUUGUGACUGCACAAGCUUGUCCUUAUCUUGUUAAUUAACAGCAAUGAAAAUUUUAAAUAACUAAAGAAAAAGCCAUGAUUAUCCUUAAAUAACAACUGAUUCCUUGUUCUUUUAAAUGGCUGUAAACAUACAUUCUCAGAGCUGACAAACUGAAAGAUUGUUCAAUUUUAUCUUUUUGUCAGAACAUGAGGGGCCACUGACAGCUGUGAAUAUAUCCAGUGAUGGAUUGUUUGUUUUAGCAGGGACAAAAACUGUAAGUAAGCAUCAUAACAUUUAUGCAAGGCUCCUGAGUCAUAAAUCAAGCUUGUUCCUGUUGAAUUUGUUUUUGCUGUAAUAACAAUACUAAUAUUCUUCUACAUUUUGGAACGAUUCCAUAUCAGCUUCUUUAAUUUCGCUGUUCAUUUUUUCAAAGGGUAAUCUUGGUGUCUUACAAGCUUCAGCUCGAUCCUACACCACUCUAAUGAGAUCACACACUAAGCAGAUCCUAGCCAUGUCCUUUGAUUCAACGCGUCGUUAUCUGGCCACAGUGUCUGCAGAUCAGUCCAUUCGAGUUUGGGAUCUUGAUACCCUUGCACAGCUGUUUGAUUUUCAAGCCCCAGGAGAAGUUCCCUGUGCCAUUGCUUAUCACCCCCGACUGCAGUGCUUUGCUUGCGGCUUCAUGUCUGGCUGUGUCAGGGUGUUUGAUGUUGGAACAACAAAUCUCUUGGCUGAACAUAGUCAACAUGCUGGUCAAGUAACUGGUUUGGUGUUCUCGCCAAAUGGAGAGUUCAUGCAUAGUGCAGGUGCACUAGGUAAUGAAUGGUAAAUUGAUAUGAAAGUUUAAAUGACAGAAUCCUAGCUCAUUCAUGACUAUUGUCUUCUUCAUAUUGCUCCCUUUGAAAAUGAACCUCAGGAAUCCAAAACUUUUUCCAGUUUUCCUUUCUUUUGAAGAAUUGUGUAAGGAUCCUUGAAAAUUAGCAUCUCAAAACCAGGUUCAACUUAAAUGAUAUUAAUUCAUUAACAAGCUUGUGUCUCUUAAAUUCACUGAUGUUUGCCAUUAUUGUUUGUGCAAAUCCUUGCUGUGCACACAUUAUUCAUGUCACAUAGUCAUGUUCCUGAAGGAUUUUCAAAACUAGUAUAUUUUCAUCUUUUAUCAGCUGAAGGUUCUUUUCUGUUUGAGUCUGAUGAAAUGCAUGACAAAAGUGCAUAACAAUAAAUACUAUUUUUCUUAACAUCAAAAGCAUAUUCUAACAUUCUAGUCUUUUAUGGUACUGGGUUUUGCUCUUAUGCCCCUUACCUCCCUCCUAAAUUGCAUUUUGUAACUUUACUUCACUUCUGGUCUGCCGUAAAAGCUUAAAAGUUUUCAAAGAAAUUAUUUUUACUGAAGCUGUGUCUUCUGUCUUACUUGGUAGGUUCUCUUGCCCUGUAUGAUGCAACUGAUGAGGGGUUCCAGCUGAUCCGUGUACUGCCCAAUACAGUAGUAAUGGGGGGUAAGUUUGGACCACAUGUACUGAGUGUGAGUGAAGACAGCCUGAGGUUGGCAUUUAUUGGACCAUCUGAAUACACAGUGACUGUUGCCAAUGCUAGAUCUUUGGAUGAAGUAAGUUUUAAGUGAGGUUAUCUUUUUGUUCCUGUGAUUUGUUGUGAACAGUAAUAAAAACCAGCCCUCUCACUCUUACAUGUACCACAAAGUCAACUCUCUUAAUGGGCUCCUCCCUUAAAUUGGGACUUCUAGUGCUCGUCUUUGUUUAUCCUUUUGUGUGACUAUAAGGUUGAUCUUAUUAUGAUGGACACUCCUUGUCCCAACUAUGUCCAUUUUUAAGAGAGUUAACUGUACUCAUAGUGAUGUCAGUAAGAUUUUAGGGCUCCAGGUAUAUGUAAUAAGUAGACAGGGAAUUGAGCAGCGAGCAUGUUCUUUGGGUUAUAUUAACGUUCCUUUUUUCCCCUUUAAAAGUAGCCAGGGGUCAAGCUCAUAGUAGCCGAGGGAAAUCCCUGGCCCAUGGUCCUUAGUGACAACUGUGAUUCACUUGCAAAUGAUUGUCUAGUCUUAUUUUAAACAGUCUGAGAAAAGUGUGAUCAUUCUUCUCAGGUUUCUUAGGCAGAAGUUGCAGUAAGAAGCAUCAAACUGUCUGAAAUUAAGUUCUAAAAUUCAGCCUCGGCAGGGAAAGUUCAGUCAGUAUAGCAGUGGACUUCAGAUAAGAGGUUGUGGGUUCUGUCCCUUUGAGAGGACCAAUACUAAGGGUCCAAUAAACUGAGAAAUGAAGAUGGUGGCUUUGCGAAUGGCUUUUCUCACAUGACUGGGGUGACCCUGUAGAAAGGGCAGUGUUAUCUCCAGGGGAUGGUGUAAAAAGUAAAAAUGGUGUCCAGCCAUUACUACUUUUGUGCCAAAUACUUUGACUUUUAAUCAAGUACAUGUUUAACAAAUGCUACCAUUGGGUGAAAGUUGGGCUUGACUAAUUUGUAGCAUGAUGAACAAGUCAAUUAAAUGCUUUCAUCACUUAACAGACUGAAAUGAGAUUGUCAGUGUUUAUCAAAGGCAUUAACAUUUAAUAACAGGAAAUGUGACAGAGGGCAAUGUGUGUAAAUGUUAAAGUGCUAACAGUGUUUUUCAUAUCUGUUUUGAGGUUUUACGAGUGGAUAUCAGCACAAUCACUGCAGAUAGAUCCAUUGUAGACUCAGCCUUUCAUGUUUGUUUUGCCCCAUCAUCCGUCAAACAACUGUUGGUUGUCACUUCAACAAUAAGGCUGCUAAAACUCGAUUCCCAUAAUGGAGUCCUCUUAAGUGAGGUUUGUAAUUUAUAAUAAUCACUGAUAAACUGCCAUUACAUUUAUUUUACAUUUUUGUUUCAUGUUCAGGUAUUUUGGCUUUACCUGUACUUACAGUUAAUCUAAGACUGGGUUUUUGUUCAAACUGGAACGACCAUACUUUGGGUCUUCCUUUGUUUAUCAUAGAAUGUAAUUUGUUUUCCAUAGAACACUUUGGAGCUCUGAAGAAUUUGUUUCAAAGUGUUCAUGAAUUCUGACCAGGGGAAACUGUUGAUAGUCUUUAAUGACAGAAGAAAAUCAGAGUUCCCAGCGAAAAAUUAAACCUCUUAAUUCAAGGAUGAGAGCCAACAACAACAAAUUAAACCUGCAUUGCAUGCUGGGACUUGGUUCUUAAGGCGUUAUUUUUUAUCAGCGUGAACGAAGUCACCUAACCCUGUCAUAAUAAUUUUAUUACAUUAUUCAGGGUUGUCAUUAAGAGCUGGGGGCCGGGGAUUUUCCCCGGCUACUAAGAGAGUGGCCCCUGGCUACUUUUAUUGGAACAUAGAACGAAAAGAAAUCCCUAGCCGUUUGAUUCCCUGCCUACUUGUUGUAUUUACCUGGCAACUUGAAAUCUUAGUGACAACCCUGUUAUUUUUGGGCACAUGUCAGUAUCAUACAGAUCUCAAGAUGUGGUGGCCAAUCAGUUUAAAACAUGUGAUUGUCAUAGUUGAGUUCUAUGGGUCCAGAUUCAAGCCAUUCCAUUUCUCAGCCAAAAGACAUUGCUCCACUUUGUCACUCUUCACUUGGGUGUAUAAAUGGGCAGCAGCAUCAUAAGGCUGCAUUUCUUCCAUUAGGGAGUAGCAGCACUCUUGGGUGCUUCAUGCAACAGAACCUUUAUUAAGUUCCAGCCAUGUGAGCUUCUUGAUUCGCUUAGCAUUACACUCCAAUGCUCAUUUUUGGAAUUUCCUACUGGCAAACAGUUAAUUUUGGGAAUCACAAUUUUCUACUGCUAAAUGAUAUACUUCUCCUGUCUUAGAUCUCCAACAUCCAUCGUGGUGGUUGUUCUAGUUUAGAUGUCAGCCGUGAUGGCAAACAUUUAGCCACUGCAGGAGAUAGAGUUAUCAAGAUUUGGGACUACCACAUGAGGCUGGAUAUCAACUUUCAGGUACUGGAAUAAGAAAAAAAAAGAGAAAUGUGAUUGGAUUCAAACUCAGUUGUUUACAGGUUAUGGAAACCCAAGGCUGCUGGUGGGCAGCUUUUAGAUUUUACAGUAAAAUAUUAUCACAAAUCUAGCAAGAGUGGGUGCCUUUCCCUGAGUUUGUUUCACAUAUAAAAAACAAAACAAGGCUGCAACAUUUACCUUGAAGUUACUUUAUACUGUAGAAACUGAAGCUGUGGAAUAUGGGGAAUUUUACAACUGACCAUGUCAUUAGUAUCUAAUCAAUGUCUCUGUACUCAAAGCUAUCCUGCACUUUCUCUUUCAUAAUAUAGGUUUUUAUAGGACAUUCAGACCAUAUACAGCAGGUUGCAUUCACCCCUGAUUAUCUUGGUCUUGUCAGUGUAGGAGAGGCCAUCCUUUUGUGGGAUUUUCAUGGAAGAGGAAAACAUCUUCACAUAAAUGGGUAUGUCAAUAAUAAUUUAUUGGAUUAUAAAAGUCGUGUCCUAAAGAGAAAGCUCUUUGGUCGUAUUUACAUAUUGAAAGUGAUUUGGUUACUGAGGGAAAUGUUUUAUUUCCUAGGUAAUUCUCCCUUCACAGGCUGGUGUGUAAAAUUUACCCUUGUAAUUGGGCCUAUUAAAAUGUCAAUCAUAGUAAUUUUAUCACUGACAUCUUGGAAAAUAAUAAUCGGAAAGUAUACAUUUCUAAAAGGCACCUUGAUCCUCUUUGGAGGAAAAUUAAAGUUACUAGCCCCAAAUGAUGCCUGGGUACCAUUUGAGCAUGCAUCCCUAAAGAUGACAUAAUUUAAGUACUUAUUACUGAGUAAAUGCGGGCUUUUAUUCUGAUUGCAAAUUGAACAAUAAUUUUUUUUUGUUUUUUGUUUUACAAUAUUCAGGGGGCGUGAACCACAGAAGAGCUAUAUUCCUGAUGCACCAGGUAUACAGUAUUGUACAUCAGACAUUAUUUUAUUUUAUUAGAUUCGCCAAUUAUUGACAGGGUCACCGCAACAGCAUUACUGUGCAUUACUGUGGGCCCAUAACAGUCCCUCCCCCCAUGAGAGAUAGACCACCACACCGGGGACUACGUCCCCUACUCUUUACGAACAGUGUAUGGGUUCUUUAACGUCCCACAGAAUUUAUAUAUGCAAGGGUUGUGAGAUGGGGUCUACAGUUUAUCGUCCUUAUCCAAGAAGACGAGAAAGUCUAACCGUUUGCAGAUGUCUUUACAAAGGCAGCACUUUCUCCUCAGUUAGUUAAAGACCCUGAGUAUUGGUCCGGCUGGGACUUGAACCAGCAGCCUCCCACCCAGCAGACCAGUGCUCAUCCAAUUGAGCUAACCGGGCGGUGGGUUAUACCUCCAUUAGAGGAAAGUUCAAUUAAGUUGGUAUUUAUCUAUUAACUUUGUUUAUCAAUUUUUUUUUUCCGUUUUAAAUGCAGAUAAAAGUGUGAGAAUUACUCCUGAAAGACCAUACAGUCCUAUGCGUGCUCAGCCACACACAGUCACUCCCAGAAAAUAUGUUCCUGUACCUGCAACAUAUGAACCUCCUCAGUUUGAUGUAAGUCCAAUUCCUGCUAAUGGUCUGGACAAUGAAGAAGUGCCCAAUACCAGACACGAUGGAGUGCCUCAUACUGAAAGACAUGAAUAUUAUUCUCCAAAGAAAAUCCUGCAGGAGCAGAUUCCAGAGGGCCAAAGCAAACAUGUAAGUAACAUUGUGAAGGUAUUGUUUAAAACACAAAGAGGAUGCUAAUGAUAACAGUAGUCGUUUUAUAAGUAGGUUGAGUAUGAUUGUCCAGGUGAAUGUAGUCCUGAAUAGGACUGUUGUUGUUGGCAGUGACUGACGUUUUGACAAUCUGUGCGGUAGUGUUCUUCAGAGUCAAAGUGAAGAAGACUACCACACAGGUUGUCGAAAGGUCAGUCAUUGUCAACAACAACAGUCUUAUUCAGGACUAUUUCUUUCUUUCAGGGUUAUUUCUUUCUUUAGUGUCAGUUAAUGUAUGCUGUUUAUUGUUUUGUUCAGAAAUCACCCAUCAAGACUAAAUCACCUGCAAGGAGACUCAACUUCAAUAUCCCUGCAGCUUCUGAAUCUAGAAUCCCAAAUGGGGAAAUUCAUCAUCCCCCUACAGUCACCAAGCAUUUCAAGAGGCAUGAUAACAUGUCCUCCUUGGCUGAACGCAGGUACACCGCUCCACCUAACCAAGCAGGCCUCCAGCUAAAAUCUGUUCUUGGGUACAAUGGAAAUGGAAGGAAGAACAUGAUUUGGAAAUAUGAUACAGGUACUUACAGCUUCUGUAGUGGUGUAAGUAAACAUAGCCUUCAACUGCAAUCAGAAGGUAGAGGUUGCUCACAACUCACAGGUUAAUACCAUGGAUAGCUUGAGUAAUCUGGAUCUUCUUGAGAAGCUUUGGCUUUAGAUGCCCUCCCCUUAGAAUAACUUUCCUGAAGUGAUACUCUGUCUGAAACCCGGUCAUAAGCGCUGAUUAGACGACGUAGUACUUACAUUGUUUUAGUUCUUGUUUUUGAAUGACAGACAAAAGGCUACAAACGUCAAAUGCAAACAUGAUGAAUCAAUAACAAAACAUUCAAUAUUUGUGGAAUAUACUCUUCUAUAGAAAUGGCAUUUGAGUUUUGCUGGAGCUCGUUCGCAGAUGAACACAACACUUAACCAAAAUUGGCCAGGAGAAACGUAAAAUUGAACAAAUUUGCAUUUGGCAUCCCAUGACUACUGGAACUAUUAUGUAAACAUUGAUUUACGUCAUGAGUAUGGAAUUUCCGUCGCUGAGUUGCAGACAUUCCUCCUCACGAUACAUCCACAGAGGCCAAGAGCAAGGAGAAACGGCUGUUUUUGCAGGCUACCACAGCUCAAGUUUAAUUUAAGGAAAAAAUAAGUGUCAGUCCGAUCCAUUGUUUAUAGUAAUAACCUGGCUUUGAAGAUUGGAAAAAGUAUCAAAAGAAUAGGGAGAAAAAAAAUAACAACAGGAAAAUAUUUAAACUUAUGUACACUUAUGUACUUAUGUGUGCACCACCCAAACCUAGAAGCCAAACAUUUGUUGCAUUUGUCUAGACAAAAGCAACGCAACAAAGUGGCACUAAAGGAAAAUCAUGGGAGUCAGUUGGUUAUGUUUGUGGCCAGCCAGGUUUCCUGUCAAUUUAUCCAUGCUGUUUUUUGUUUGUUUUAAGGACUGUUUGCAUAUACUAGUGGCUGCCUUGUAGUAAUAGAGGACCUUCAUUCUGGCACUCAACGUCACCUUAUGGGGCAUGCAGAAGAGAUUUCUACCCUAGCUUUACAGCAUGAUGGCCUGUUUCUGGCCUCAGCUUCAGGACCCAGUGACAUUAAUUCCAGUCAGAUCUGUUUGUGGAACAUACAAGAAGGGGUGUGCAAGAAGGUAAAUAAUAUUAACAUCCUAGAUGAAAGGCAAGUGGACAACCCUUAAGUUGUUGCUUUAUUUCUCUCUUCUAAGGUUAGCAGAUCUUGCAUUUCCACCAGCAAUUUCAGAUGAAAACACACAAGACCGGAAUGCACUUUUGUCAUGGGGGUGCCCCUUAGGUUUCUAGUUGAGGAUUUUGGUGUGGAAGUGCCCUCCCCUCCCCCUCCCCCUAGUUUAGAUUCGGUGUUGUGGCUAUUAAAAUUAAAGAUGUACAUCUCUGGCACAAAUCUUAUUCAAGUUUUGCGGAAUAAGGUUUAGGCUUUAUCCAAGCCUGAGCAUCUUUGGAAUUUAAAGUGUUAAAUAAAAGAUUUUAUUUUGUUGUUGUUUUUCUUCAGGAUCUUUCCCACCAUGAGCAUGAGGUUGUCUGCCUUGCAUAUGCCCGUGAUGACAGAUUCCUGGUUUCUGUGGGUGAUUACAGGGAAUGUUCAGUGGUUGUGUGGUGCACCAGAGAUCUUGUUGUUCUAACUGCUUCAUAUGCAAGACAUCCUGUGCAUGAUGUCAUGUGGGAUCCUUAUACUGCAAAUGAGUUUGCUUCAGUGGGACAAGAUGGUUCUGUGUUGUUCUGGCUACUAGAUGAAACUGGUGAAAAACUGACUCUUAAUGUAAGGUUCUGCCAUUGUAGUGUGUAGCAUACAUAACGAUAGGGAGAUUGAGUGGUAGCAAUGAUGAUGGCAAAAGCACUGUCGACAUCAGUAAAGCAACAGGAUUAUUGAGUAAACAAUAACUCUGCACAUGCAUCACACUUGAUUGGCUCAUUUCUUUGUCUUUACUGCAUGACUUAGAAGGAAAUAUCAUGGCACAACGUUUUAAGGAGGACAUAAACACGUCAAAACCAAUUUUUUUCUCUAUUUAAACUUGGGUGUGGUCCCCAAGAAUUAACCCCCAGGAAGUCUCACCUACUUUGUACAACCUGUAAGUGCACUGGAAUAAUAAUUGUGAAAAAAUUAGAAAAAAUAUUGAAUUGAUUUUAAUUGUAAUGUUUCACUGUCAUUGCCAUCUUCCCUGCUAAUUAAGAGCUCCAUAAAGUCUUGACUUAAAGUGUGAUCAUGUAUGUUGAAGGAAUACAAUAGAUCUAAAAAUUGAUGCUUUUUCAUGACAUCAUGCCUGCCAUAUUGCUGUAUGAAAACAAUGAAAUGGCAGCCAUGUUGGUGUCCCAAACUAAUCCGGUGGAAGUUUAACCUUUUUCUUAUGCAAAAGCUUUCUUUUGUUUGUAUAAAUUUGCAUCUAAGCUGCUGGCCACAUGAGUGAAAAGGCUCUUAAGGCAGUGAUGUGGUCAUCCAAAAGUAUAGAAAUAAUUUUUGAAUUAUGUGUCAAGACAAGUUGUACUGGUGGUGCUUUUAGACAAUUCUUGUUGUUAAUGAAGUGUAAAUCUGGACAAAGUAUUAGUAGAUGACAGUUAAAGGUAAAAAAUCUGUACAUGACCAGAAUAGUCUCUGGUUCUCUCUUAUGUAAAAUUUUGUCAAAUGAAACCAGUUUUCCCCAUGCAGAAGUUCUGCCAAAGAGCUUUUAUAUGAUUAGUAGCAUCAUAGAAUUUCAUCUACAGAUUGGCAAAUAAUCUUGCCAUAACUUGGUAUAGGGGUGAAAGGGUUAAAAUAACAUGAAUCUAAUUAAUUACCUUUCAGGUUCAUGAACCAGAGGUCCCAGAGGAACUUAUGCAGUCUAAGAAGGUACCAGUGAGAGGGUUCUAAUGUCCUUUUUGUCAUUUUUGUGUGGAGCUUUGUAUUAAUUGUGAUUUAUAGCCUGCUUUCACCAUUUCUGCCAUCAAAUUCUUUUCUAGGACAAUAAUGUUUUUUCAGUGUUCUGUAGUUGUGUAGUUUUAUCUGCUUUUCUCCCUCAUUUCUUUAAUAAAUACUAUAAUGUCAAACAUUCUUGGGUCUGACUAGUGAAAAACAGAAGCAUAGGGUUAUAUGCUUCUGUGAAAAAUCAUAACAUCUUUUACAGAGAGACGAGUACCACGCUUUUACUUCAUUAUGGUAUGCAGGAGACAGUGUUAUGUAUGCUGGAACUAGUGCAGGUGAGGUUGUUCAUGGAUAAUUAUUGUAAUUGAAUUAUUGUAUUGAAUUCUGUGUACAUCAAAGUUCUCUGCAAUCCAGUCAUAGUCAUUGUAAUGACAACCUUGUGUGUAGGGAUUGCCAACCUAGGAGCUUACUGUGUAUCCCCAGGACAUAGCCUCAACAUAGCAGUGCAGUUCUGUUAACUAACCUUAGGCUGCAAACAUCUGUGUGAAAAGCGCAUCAAGUGAUAUCGUUUUAUCUCUAUAAAGGGAUGCUUUCAGCUUGGGACACAAGGCAAAACAAGUGCUUUAUUCAUUGGGAAGGAGAUGCGACAGAAAUUGGUAAGGACUUAACAGACACUUUAAUGUUACAUCCAGUCUCUAACAGAAACGGGGCCUCUUAUCCCUUGAGCUUUUUAUGGCCCAAUGUCAGUGGUGGCUAUGUAGUCCAUGGAUUUGUUUUGAUAGAGAACAAAAAGUGGGUUAUUUAAAGAUAAAUCAUAGAUCUUAAUGUUGAGCUUGUGAUAAGGAAAUAUCCCUGACAAGAAUAGAACCCUUUACAUACUGGAAGACAAUCUCAAACCCGAGCUUAUUGGAGACUUGUGGUUAACGACAGUUGCUGCCCUGCUGAAAAAAUAUCUUCCUUUGUCCUAAGUGAGCUGAAAUUGUGUGGUUUUCUGUAAACCCUUCCACUCCUACGCUAUGUCAUCGAUUUCUCUAUAACUUUUACAUCUGUUGAUGAAAUCCAUGGUGCUACCAUUCAAAUGAAACCUGCUUGACAGAACUUCUGCAUAGCACUACUUAUUUGUACAACAAGAAAGUUCAACUUUCUUUUGAAUUCAUUUUUGGUUGCCCAUUAUUUGGAGUGAGAGGGUCAACCAGCUCAAAGGAUGCUUUUGGCAUUGCUUAUCCUAGCAGGGAUGCACAUCAUGUGCAAGCCUAUCUUGCCAUGAGACUACCAUGUCAUUUGAUUAGCUCUCACCAAAGUCUUCUUCAAGGAAGUAAUGGUCAUCUUAUUCCAGUCUGGAAAAAAGAUUUGUUCUCUCUAAGCAUGUAUAAGUGCAUUUGAUUAACUUUGCUCACUGUAUUAAUUUGCAGACUUAAUAAUGGGGCAUGGAGGUACCCUUAUAGCUGGGAGCAGUUCAGGAAAUCUCCGUCUGUGGUCUGUGGUGGGUGUGAGUGAAAUGAGGCUUCCUGGGGAGAGCACCAGGUAUUCUUAAAACAAUUUCUUUGAAUGCAUUCCCUUUGUGAUGAACAUACUUUCUCAUUCCUAUAAAGUUUGAAUCUGUCUGUCCUAAAAAUUAUUUUGCUAAUUUUACCCUCGAUUCAGACUAAAAGUGUCGUUCAAUUCGCCCUGAGGCAAUGUAAUGUAAGUCUUUGUAAAUGAGCAAUAUGCCAUGUUCCAUUAACACAGCUCUAUCUUGACAACUCUUAAAAGGCCUGAAAUUAUACUGCUGCAGUAGUUUCAAUUAAAUUUUAUAGAAAUUAAAUUAUCACCAUUGACUAUUUCUUUACCAUCACGUCAUUUUGUGUGAAAAUAUUAUGGUCUUAGAUUGUCCAGCAAUGGCCUUGUUAUGGAAGAUGAGAUGACUCUAGAUGGUGCUAUUACCUCUGCUUCCUUUGAUGAAGCACUGGAAACUGUGAGUGUUAGAUAUCGUUAGCCUAAUGUAAGUCAUCCUGAGUUUCUGUUUUUAAGAAAGAAAUAAAAGUUUCAUAACAAAUUUUAAAAAUGGUCUCAUUUUUCAGGGUAUCAUUGGCACGUCAUCAGGUACAUUAUGGUAUGUCAACUGGGAAGAAAGAACCAGCAUUAGACUUGUCAGUGGGCAUGCUAAGCAGGUGAGGAAUGCCCUGUUAAAGAAGCAGGUGUCCAGCAAAAUGCUCAUAUUUACCUACUAUUGACUAUAAGACUAACAUUGGAAAACAUUGGGUAUUUGGGUGCAGGUACAACUGAAGGUGUUAGGUUUUGAGUUACAGGACCUUAACAGGUAAAUGCUCUGUACUAAAUACAGGUCGGGGGAUUUUGUUAGGAACCCAAACAGAGCAAGUUGGAUGGGAAUAAAGUAGUAUAAAAGUCCCCGUUAAAAUAAUGAAUACCACAAUCCAAUGGCUAAAUCAUCAUGCAGUUCAUAGCACAAUUUUUUUAUGUAUCAACCUUUUGGAAAACUAGGGCCAGACUAACAAGCAUGGAAUUGGUUCAGAGUUCAUCAAACUUGAAUAUGUGUCAGGCAGUUCAGAAAUAAAAAUGGCCGUUUUUGUAUUAUAAACACCUCGUUUUUGUUUAGUCAUUGAAGAAUGGAAUUUGAACCACAAAUAAAUCCAAACAUAGACCCCUGCCUGAUGUUUUUGUAUGGCUGCACUCUCACGUUUUCCUUGUGUUUGAUGCAGAUUAGUGACCUGGUGUUCAGUGGUCCAGAUGAUCAAUAUUUUGCUACAUCUAGUGCUGAUGGUGUCUUACACCUCUGGAGUAAAGACAGCUUGGAGCAUCUACAAUUUCAAGUCCUUGAACAGGUAAUAAGUAAAAAAACUUUUUCUUGCGUAUCCCUCUCACUCACAUCAUGUCUUUCAAAAUAGAAUCACUUUGGUAACACUUUUACAUGGUAUAAUUUGUCUUCAAGUAUUAAAUUUACUGAAUUUAAGGGCUUAUUAACCAACUAUGUUUGCUUUCUUUCAGACCUGUAACUGUGUGUCUUUUUGCCCAGUUCCCGCAGCCACUCCCACCAAGUCAAUCACAAAUGAGGGACAGACAGUAGCCACUGUCCACCCACAGCCCUCACCUGCUGAGACUGCCAUUCAACCUUCACACUGUGUGGCUGGCUACAGUGAUGGCACCAUACGAAUAUUUGAUUUGGGAAAAGUGGAGAUGAUCAUGAAGAUGCAGCCUCAUGGUGCUUCCAUCACUACAAUUUCAUUCUCCGCUGAUGGUAAGGACGUAACCCAAAGUUUUUGUGUCAUCAACAAAAACAAGUUUUACCUAAGAAAGAUGUAGAAGAGUUAAGAGUAGAAACAGAAAUAAUUAUAGCGGUGGUAGAAUUAACCUUGCUCACUGAUAUCUAAUUUACUUGCUGAAGCCCUUUUACUCCAUAGAUGAACUUUUAUGGAAAUAUUUUUUGUUCUCUUUGUAUUAACAUGUAGGAAGAGUUAUAAUUAGUGGAGCAGAAGAUGGUUUGCUAGCUAUAAGCAGCCCUUCAACAGGUCUUACAAUCAGGCUAAUGAAUGACCACAGGGGCGCUCCAAUCACAUGUCUUCAUGUCUCUUCAAUCAAGGUAAGUAGCUGUAGCUGUGUCGGAUUGCUUGAAGGUGGCAGGUAAUCGUGAAUAUCCUUCUCAGUUUUUAACAUCCAGUCUUGGGAAGAUGAAUGGAGUAUUUGAAAGUCCAAAAGGGACGAGGAAUAAUCAACAGGCCUUUUGUUACUGGUAUAAUUAUCGCUCAUUUUGGGAAUAUCUUGGUACAAUGGAUCCCUCAGUGGCCAGGGAGUGAAUUCUCAGCAGUUAUUACAAAACUUCUUUAUGGGCACCUUUUGAAGGAAUCUAGUGUGUCAGUUGUACCUGGCGCUAACUUAUUUCUUGUAUAUAAUCACACAGACGUCUAAUGGCCUGCAUUAAAAGAAAUGAACAGUUAAACCUAUGUUUAGCCAUCACUCUUAGCCAACUGACUGCUUAAUAUUACUGCGUGACGGCUUUAUUGACGUGAAAACGAUAAGUUACUGGAUGGAGCUUUAGUAAGUGACUCCUUCAUGUAGAUUUGGCUUGACAAAGCAUUUCACCAACAUCAUUUCCUAACCAGCAUGCUAAGAUACCUGAUGGUGGUGCAAAAUAAAUACGUAAAAACUUAGAAUUCACUUUUUACAUAUUAAAACAUGGCUUCAGUCUAGAAGAUAUCUUAAGUAAGAAUUGCUGUGCACUUCGCUAGGAUCAACAUUACCCUCUAUCCUCUCCACUUCUGUGGCUGGCUGCAAGUGCUGAUCGACGUGUGAGCAUCUGGAGUGCCGAUUGGUCCAAAGACUUCUGUGAGCUGGUGGACUGGCUGACCUUCCCUGCACCACCUAUUGGAACUGAUGGAAAAGCUCUUAGAAGAGGAGAUCCGGUACAUGAGCUUACUGAAGGCUUUUUGACCUAAAAAAAGUAAUAUGUUAUCGGUCUUUCAAGAUAUGCAACUUCAUUAUCCAUCAAAAUCAAUUUUCAGGUUUUGGUUAUGACGUAUGUGAAACAUGCUUAAAAGACAAAAAAAUCCAGUGCCAAAAUUUACAUCCCUUGGGGACUGUUUAUACUUCCCUGGGCUGCAGCUUGUUACUUUUUGGCUACAUUCAACUGUUGAUGAGGGCAUUUGGUUCAGGUAUGAGACUGAAUGACAGAAAGCACCAUUCACUUUUAGUGGGAAAUAUGUACCGAUUAAACCAGUCAGAACACUACAGUUGAACCUCCCUACAACAACGGCCACCUUGGUACAGAAGAAAGCGGCCAUUGUUGAGAGGUGGCCAUUGUAGAGAGGUUGAAACAAGGGUGAAUGUAUGGAAUGUUCGCCAAAAAAAUGGCCACUGUAGAGAAGUGGCUGUUUGUGGGGGUUCGACUGUAUACUAAAGUCAACCACUGUAAAACCGAGUGUAAUAACACCGUGGUGGUGCUUGUUCAACAGGCUCAGUACAGUAAACUUCCACCCAGUCUGGCCCAGUUCUCUCCAGCAGACCCUGACAUCAUUGUGUACACUGGCUAUGGCAUGCAGAAGGUGGUGCAGUUCUAUAGUCUUUCUCAAAAAAAGGUACAACAACUCAGAUAGAUAGUGUUCUGAUUCCAAGAUAACCUUAUUGAAGGUUGUUUUAUGUACUGGUCACCACUUAUGGAUCUUUUCAUCAGGGAAGUAAUUAAAGGACAACAGCCUUAAGGGGCAGUUUUCAGUGAGGCAGUUAAGAAACAGUUCUAAUGCAGACAAUCCAAUAAACCAAUUUCAUUGUGACACAUUGUUGGAAAGACAUGAUCCAGUCACACAAGGCAGCAAUGCAAGGGUUUGCACUGCUUUCGGGAUGUUUAAAAAACGUUUUUCCAGGGUCUUGGAGCACCUUCUGGAAAUUACUGCUGGGGUUUUAUUAUUGUAUUGGAUGACUGUGGUACGGGAUACAGUGGAAGAAUAGUAGCACAGCUGCUACCUUAUUUGCUGUUUGGAAAUCAGUGUUUUAUAAAGAGUAAAUAAAUGAUGUCCUCAAAAAAUUUUCUUCUCUGUACCCUGCUGGAAAUAAUACCUGCAAUUUCACUUUCGUUUAUAGUAAGAGCCCCAAAUUUUUAAACCAAAGCACUUGCAAACAUAAGCGAGCUUAAGCUGGAAGAAUGCUGACGUCCAAGAUGUCAUAAAUAGCAACUGGAAGUUCGAUGUCUCGCUUGAUGGAACACUUCUGACUCACAUCAAAUCUAAAUGCCUUUGUUUUAACUGCCACUGUAUCAAUUUGUCAAAACAGAUCGCUGAAAGAGAGAAAAUAUCAACUUCUAGUUGCCAUUUUUGAUGUCUUCGACGUCAAUGUUUUCAUUGCUUAAGGUCCCUAUUCUUUCAAUCUUCAUCGAAAAUAGUGACUUAUCUUGACCACAUGUUAGGUUGUGCGAACAGCUGCAUUGACACAGUGGGCAACAUCUAUGGAUGUAUCACCCAAAGGACAUCUCAUUGCUAUCGCAACAGCAGGUAAACCACCUCCUCACUCAUUUAAAAUGUGAUUGAUGUAUUAGAUGUAUUGAAUCAUCCAAUAUGCAGACAUCAAGGCAGCCAAGACGUCAAGGUGUCUGGAUAUCAGGUAAAACACUGAAUGGAAUGCUUCAUAUAGCUUCUCAAAUAAUUAGUAAUUCUCAAAGAAAUUCAAAAAUUAAGUUUGAAAAAUUAGUCCUUUCUUGUCAACCUGUGCUUUGAAGUACAGUGUAUGGGACAAGUAGUGUGGUUGACAGUCAUGUUUUCAUGUUUGAUAUGACUGGAAAUAAGAGUUGUAAGCUACUUAAAAACAGGAUUUGUAAAACAGAAAGAAGGUGCAAAGUACAAAGUGUGCUAUCAUCACUUACCACUAGAGGCCUUUUGACCAUAACUGUAUUGUUAGCAACACAAACAUUGCUCGUGUUUUUCCAGGCAUACAAUAAUUUCAUUCUUUAUAGUACUGAAUUUCAUUCUUUAUUAAAAGUUAACACAACAUACACUGUUUGUUUUGUUAUGCUUCUAGAGCGACUUGUGAAACUUAUGGAUUACAGUGAGGGAAGUUUUCAAGAUUUCCUUGGACACUGUGGUGUUGUAAACCAUGUAAGGUUUUCACCAUCAGGGGAGCUUCUUUGUUCAACAAGCCACUCAGAAAUUUUGACGUGGACUGUAAAAGCAUAGUUGCAAGUCAAAAGGUCUGAAUGGUAGGUUCUUUUGGUUGAAGCUGGAGUUGUGAGUUCCUCUUUAAUGCACUUAUUAAGUGUAGAGAGAGCUCAGACUGGAGAGCUACGGGAGCUUCCACUGCAAGCAAAGGCAGACAGUCUGAUCAGCUCAAUGAAUUGCAUCAUCCUCACCAACAAUGGCUAGCAGAUAGUUUUCAUGCAAUAUGACUGAGAUAGCAUACACAUGUACAGCCUUGUAUAAGACCUUGUAUCAACCUGUAUAAGACAGUGUUAAUGACAGUGGCAAACAAACUUUCCCCUUCAUGUUGUCAUAUGACUCCAUGGUCUCUUCCAUAAAACCAUACUUCCUGUAGGGCUUAUAAUAUAAAUGGUGGAUAGUAGUUUGCUGGGAAACCACAGCAAGUAAGAAAAUUAUUGGUCAACUAAAAAUGAUAUUAACUCCCAUGUGGAGAUUUUCAUAAUAAAAAAUUAUAUGAUUGUGUGUAACUUAGAAACUGUGGCUAUGUAAAAUAUAGUGUAAAUAUUUAUUGAAUUUGUUUGGUAACAGGAUGAAGUGUUUUUUGUAAAAUGCCUUGCCCUGUUUUGCAGAUGUUGUAUUUUGAUAUAAAUAC